GCCGCCGCCGCGCCGGGCGCUGCCGCUCAAACCGCCCCCGGCUCCGCGCGGGGCCAAUCAGAGCGCGGCGCGGUCCCGCCGCGGCCAAUCAGAGCGCGGCGCGGUCCCGCCGCGGCCAAUCAGAGCGCGGCUCACGGCCCGGCCGCGCCGCGCCGCCCGGUCCGCGCCUUUGCGGCGGCACCGCCCGGGACGGGGCGCGCCGGGACGGGACGAGACGCGCUCCGGACCUCCCGGUACCGCGGCCGCGCUUCGUGCUCCCCCGCAGCCAGGCAGGGAACCCCCGGGAGGCUCAAGGGUUUGGGCCGUUUGGAGAACACGCUGUGAACGCCAGCUGGAUUGCAGUCCAGGAGCUGGAGAAGCUGGGGCUGAGGGAUGACGUGGAUCUGCACGUCUACGAGGUCCCUGUUGAGUACCAGACCGUGCAGAGACUCAUUCCUGCCUUGUGGAAGAAGCACAGUCCCCAACUGGUGGUUCACGUGGGCGUGUCGGGCAUGGCCACCACUGUCACCCUGGAGAAGUGUGGCCACAACGUGGGCUACAAGGGGCUGGACAACUGUCGCUUCUGCCCGGGCUCCCAGUGCUGCGUGGAGGGAGGCCCCGAGUGCAUCGACUCCAUCAUCGACAUGGACGCCGUGUGCAGGAGGGUCUCGGCGCUGGGGCUCGACGUCACCGUCACCAUCUCCAAGGACGCCGGCAGGUACCUCUGUGACUUCACCUACUACACCUCCUUGUACCAGAGCCGUGGGAGGUCAGCAUUUGUCCACGUUCCUCCUCUGGGAAAACCUUAUUCUGCAGAACAGCUGGGCCGGGCCCUGCAGGCCAUCAUAGAGGAAAUGUUGGAUCUUUUGGAGCAUUCCGAAGACAAAAUCAAUUGUCAGCAUGAACACUGAGCCUGGCCCCAGGAGCUCGCCUAGUAUUGCACUUCCAAAAUUUUUCCCUGCUCUGCUGAAGUAUUGGGAGGGGGAAAAAAAAAAGAAAAAAAAAAAAGGAAAAAAAAAGAAAAAAGAAAACAAACAACGGUUCUGGACUCAGAAUUGGAGACUUAAAAAAAAAAAAAAAGGAAAAUUCUACAAAUUCUGCUUAGAAAUUAACUUUUUUUUUUUUUUUUGGUCGAAUCUGUGAGUUUCAGCCCGAGCAACAAAGGAUUCAGAGUCUCUUCUCUAAAACACCUGCAGCUCCUGAUUCCUGAAGGGUUUGUGCUGGGAGCUUCCAGGGAAUGGGUGCUCACCUGGAUCCCUGGGAGGUUCCUCACCUGGACUCAGCCUUCAGGUGCAGGGAAUUGCUCACCCAACCCUCUGGUGGCUAACUGUUGACUUGAAAGGCUUUCAGCAGGUUUUGGGUUUGUUUUUUCCCCCCCCCCCGUCCCUGGACCCAAAUUCCAGGUGGUGAUGUGGAAGGACAGCUGGGAUGGCGUGGGCUUGCCUUGGGAAGCAGAAUUUGCUGGGAAUGAAGAGCCUGGAAUGGCUCUGCUGGAAUGGAAAAUGAUUUUUUAAGGCACUGAUUCCUCAUUCCAUAAGGUGUCUAGCUGCAGCAGAAGGGAUGUUUGGGGUUCCUUUUGGAGCCCAAAUCCAGCUGGAAUUUUUUUUUUUUUUUGGAGGGGGGAGCCUGAUCCUAAAUCUUCCCAAAUCUCUUUUUUCCUGCCUCUCUCUUGGCCACCUCCUGUAGCAAACACCUCGGUUCAAGUGUGUCUAAAACCAAUCUUUUCCCCACAGGAGAUCUUUAUCCUGGGCUCCUGGUGCUCGGUGGUGUUUUUAAGGUGAAGGUUGAGUAAUUCAUCACUUCCUUAGCUGCAAAUUCCCCCUGGUGUUCCAGGUGAGGAGAGCAACGUUGAACUGAGGUCCCAAUUCCACCUUGAUUGGAGUGGAGGCAUAAAAAUGCAGGUGGGGGAAUCCACAAAAUCCCUGCAAAAUCAAAUGUCAGCUCUUCAACCCGAUCCCACUGCCUGGAAACCAGAGGCAGUGAUUUGAAAUGAAGGAAUUUUGCUCAGAGUGAGGAUUCCAGGCUCUUUCCUGGUGUUCAGAAGUGGUGCUGCUUGUGGGAACUUUCCCCAGGAAUUCUUUUGGGGAAGGGUUGCAUGCAGGAUCUCAGCAGGUGGGUGAUGCUGGUCGUGUGUGGAGAUCUGCUGCUGAAUUUUGAGAUUGCAGAAAAAAAAAAAAAAACAAAAAAAAAAAACAAAAAAAAAAAAAAAAAACAACAACAAAAAAAAAACCAAACCCAGCUGAAGUUGGAGCAGACACAGAAUUGGCAGCUGGGGUCUCGUGGAGAGGCCAUUUGGGUGGAGAAAUCCGUGAUGCUUUUACAAAUAAGAUAGAAAUAUAUGUAUAUAUAUAUAUAAAAAAACCCAACAUUUUAAAGGUUUUAAAAGCCCACGAUUUUGAAUUUCUCUGGUGCUGACUGGCUCUGCUAUAGUAACUCUCAGUGAGAGCUGCCCUGAGCUCGCCAGGAGAAGUCUGGUGACAAAACCUCUCCUUGUAACCCUUGAGACAGGACAAAAACCUUGCAGCUGCAAGGACUCUGCUGAGGGCACCUGAGCAGGAAGAUUUUUUUUUUUUUUGAUAGACCCAAGGAAAUUCUGGGUUCUGUUCACUAUCCAGGCCUUCCUGCUCAGAGGAAUUUGCCCUCAAGUGAAAUAUUGUCAUUCCCAUCGACUCCGAGGUAGCACUUGUCAGAUUCCCUGAUUAGUAAUUUAUUUUAUUUAAUAUUUUGUUGAAAUCUUCGUGCUUUGACACAGGUUUUUUUUUUUUUUUUGGGGUUUUCUUUUUGUGAUUAGUUGAGUUCUUUAUCCCCAUAGGAUUAGUUCCUUUGUUGGUGGGAAGUUUUUUGUCCUGGGUGUUUCGUAGCUGCUAAACUUGGGGAAGAGGAAUAUCCCACGGGGUUUGGUGAUGGAGUAAUUCCCAGAAAAACUGCUUCAUUCCCCUCUGGUGUCUCUUGUGGGCGAAAUGGAAGUGGAAAAUCAACAGAUUGCUGAGGCCACAGUGAAAUUCCAGGGGCUGGAAUCUCAGCAGGGGCUGGG